UGAAAUUUAAAUUUUCGCAAACAGGCGGUAAUAUGUAUUUUCAGGCGGUGUUUAUUGUUAUUGUUAAGGAGUAAGAAAAUUCUGUGCCACGUACCUGUCAUGUAAAAAUAUGGAAGAGCAAACUAUAAAAAAUGCUUCUGAUACAUCACCUUCAAGUUGCAAUCGGGAAAGUGGUAAAGAGAAACGGAGGACAUCAAUUUUGAAACCUCCUAAACUACGGACCCCUCUGAAGGAGCUGCAGUUUACAUCAUCUCAGGAAGUUAAAGGUGAUGCAACAGCGAGGCCAUCACGAAGAGUCAGCUUUGGGCACUUUCAUGUCAGAAAAUUUGGGUACGAAAAUGGUGCGGUCUGUGACUCAAUAUAUUCCUUUGACUCUAGUAAAUCAGAGUCUUCCAUGCAAGCAAACAAUAGUAUCGGUGAAAAUGGUGUGUCAGCAUCCAGUAGCAGCCACCACUGUAAAAAUAUAUCACCAGAAAAUACAGACUGCAAGAAAGAUUCCCACAUGAUGAAAAUUCUUUGUCAAGAUAAUACUAAACAUAAAGGUGCUGAGAUAGUGAAUAAGAUCAUUGAUACUGACAUUGGUGUCUGCUCUCUGAAGAAGGUGGCAGUAAAACAAAUACCAGAUGAUUCCCCAGGAUUCAGUGCAAUAGACAGGUUAUCUCGUAGGCACAGCUCAGAUUCUUCUAAUUCCAAAAGUUAUGUCGUAAGAACAGAGCAUAAAGAUAAUGAUUAUUUUGAGAGAGAGAGCUUCGUAGGACGGAACUCUGUUGUUUUAGGUGAGAUGCAAAGAUUGCAUGAGCAAGGUGACAUCAAACAGUCGCAGUGUAUUGCUAAGCAUGGCAGAGAACAGCGUGAAGAAGAAAGUCAAGCUGAAGCACAUAACUGUGAACAACAUUUGUAUUCUGCUACUGUUGCAGAUAUGGAACUGGCUGAUAGUUACAGUUACGGGCACAUUGAGUGUAAGGAAGUGUCAAUGCUGCAUACAAAACGGAAAAAAAGUAUCAAUACUACUGCAAAGUCUUUCCGAUUUGCUGCAGAAAGUGACAUGGAGCUAACUAAAGUAAUUGACACUUUUUGUUGCAGAGAGGUAUUAAGCACGACAGAAGAGAAAUGUAUUGCACUGAAUAAUGCAGAGGCUAAAAAUAAUUUUAUGGCCAGUGGUGAUUGUGAAAUUACCAAGAAUUCUAAGGAUUAUAGCUCUAUGAAAAAUGUAAGUCAGCAACUUAAUGCAACAAAACGAUUUUCUACAAAUAAUGGCAUGGAUAUUACAGAGGGAUGUGGAAUAAUUGAUUGCAUUUCAGACAGUGAUGUACCUAAUGAUGACACAGCUGGUGUUGUUAAUUCAGAUGUCCUCUCACUUUCAAGACUUUCUAUUGAUAAAGAAGAUCGUGCCAGAAAUGAGGAAAAAACAAGCAAGUAUUCAGUAAAAUACUCUAAUCCAUCUGAAUUCUCUGAAAAGUUAUUCAUAAAUGAAAGUAUGGAGCAAACUCUAGCUGUGGGAUGCGUGUUGAACGAGAGUAGCAUGGAUUACAGAAAAGCUGUUAAAGGUUUUCAAAUGAAUGAAAACGUGAGUUGUUCAGAAUAUUCAUAUGAUAAUAUCCUCCCCAUCAUUGGUGAAAAAUGCUGUAAUGUAACAGCAGCAGUGACUCCUGCUAAUAAAGAUAAAUUACCUGAUACUUUAGAAAAGUGCACAAAAACCAAGCCAAAUGACACAAAUAAUUUUAAUGCUUCUAAAACCAUAAUAAUGUGUGUUGAUAUGGAGUCAACCCAAGAUAUUUGUCAAAAUGACCAGGAUGACAGCUUUAUGCAAUUUACUAGAGUAGUAGAAGCAAAUAUCCAAGACAGUUCCAUGCAAGACCAUCAAGUGCCUUUGGAAAACAAACAUUGCAAUCAUACAAAACAUGUCAGUACUGAAAAAAAGAAUGUGACAUGUAUGGAAAAAUCAACACUGAAAUGUGAUAUACACAGUACACAUACAGGGAGCCCAUUGUGUGAUAACAGAAGUGUACGUGAAGUAGUUGCAACAGAGAGACAAACAGAUAUUUGUGUAACUGCCACAUCAAGCAGUAAAGUCUCUCCCUGUAAAGAUCAAAAGAAUGAGAGUGCACGUUCUCAUAUCUUAGAUACAAAGCCAAACCAUUCUGUAAAUGAGGCAGUUAAAUUUCUCUCUUCUCAUACUGAAUGCAAUAUCCAAACAGAUGUUUUCACAGAUACAUCUGCUCCUGUGUUGCCUGAGAAAACUACCCAUGAGAGAUCCUGUAAACAAAGAUUCUAUGAAGGGGCUGACAAUACUAGUGUUAAACAAGCAGAACAUUAUGGAGACAGGAGUGUCAAGUGUCAGACUGCAGCCAAAAAUAUGAAGGUACAUACAGUAUCGUCAAUGUCACCAGAAUUUAAAACUGAAGCAAUACAACAAGGAAACAAGGCUGAUGAUGUGGGAAAUAGUGUGUGUAGAGUGCCAAGUAACUCUUCCCUCACUCAAGAUGCUAUAGAAUUUUGUGUCAUGCCCAUCUCUGACACAAAAAAUAUCCCCAACAGAAGAGAGAGUGCAAACAAAAUAUUAUCAAAAUAUUCAGAACACCAACCAUACUGCAGUGACGGGAGUGAUCUACGCUAUUCGCCCUCUCUGGCUGUAGAAGACUGUUUAGUUACAGGUAAUGAGCCUCUAUGUGCUUCAGAAAGUGGGAUGUUGAAUAAAAAGAGGAGAUCAUCUGAAAUGGAGGAAACAAGAGGGGUCACAAAAUCUCAAAAGAAACAGUGCGUCACUACAGAUCACAUUAAUGAUAAACAGUGCUCACAAAGUGCCACAGAACAUGGUGACUUAGCUGUGGAAACCAAAGCAUUGUGUGAUAGAGAUGCUGUUGUUGCACUUCGUGUUGAGCCUGGUGUGGUGAAUACUGCCUCAUCUGGAAGAAAUUCGCCAUUACCAGAAAAUGAAGUAUUAAUAAGAAAUGUUAAUUAUGGUGAUGUUAUUGAGAGAAGUAAUACUUACGAUCAAAAUAGAGAUACAGAGAAAUACAUGGGAGACUCAAUAAAAACAAGUAACACUGCUGGAACACCAUCUAAUACAUCUGAGUUAAAAGUUCCACACAUGUCUGUGAGGAAGGAUAAAAAUCCACAACACAGUGAGGAUUCAGGUUCAUGCAUAGAUGAUGAUAAAAAUAAUGUACUUUCAGCACCUGACAGCAAUGACAAAACAGGUGUUACUCUAAGAAGAGGAAGAAGAUAUGAAAGCAAUACAGUUUCUCUUUCAUUUACAGACAAAGCCAUUAAAAAUGGAGAUUAUUGCAUGGAAAUGGACAAGAACAAACACAAAUCAGCAGUUAAAAGCAAUGCUGAACUGAGCAGGGAUGUUAAUAGUGAAAAUAAUCUGAGUUGUUCACUUUCUAACUCAAAACAGCAAGAAAAAACAGCUUCACUUUCCCAAUCAAGAUACGAUGACAGUCACACAUCAGUUAAGGAAGGUGAUGAUCAGAUAUCAGAAGGAAUCCGUUGCUCUCCAGGAAAUAACUGUUCUUUCCAUGGAGCAGAUGCAGCCAUUCACAAAGCUGAUAAAACUUUUCAUUCAUGGUAUCGUGAUAGAAUGGACGCCAUUGUCAAUAACGACUGUUCUGCUUCUGCAGACAAAAUUGAUUGCAAUAACAGUUGCCAGAAGACUUUUGGUACCAUUAAAUGCUUCCCUGCCCAAGAUCCAGAUGUGGAAGCUGCUAGACUUGACGACCUGUCUAGUAGGAGUGAAGAAAUAGGACAAAAUGUGACUUGUGACAGCAGUCAAAUGGACUUCAGAAUGAGUGACAGAUAUUUGAACACAAAAAUAAAGCUUCCGGAAGCAAGGGAAAGGAUAACAGUUGUCAAGAAUAAUACAUCAAAUUACCUCAUCAAGAACAGAGAACAGGACGCUGUGUCAGAAUUUUAUUUAGUAAGUUCUUGUAAUAGCAAAUGUUUAAAACAAUCCGUGCAAGAAAAUAAAAAUUCCAACUCUGGAAAGGAAAUGGACAAUCAACAGUUCAGUGAUGAUAAUAAUUCAAUAGGCAGAUCAGAUGUUAAUGAAAUGCAGAAUGUAACAUCAGAAGUAAACAAGUCACAGGAGCCUGAAGAAAAACAUCGUGCUGAUAGCAACUUCAGGGAAGUCAGUCUCCCAUGUGAGACACUGGAAGUUGUCGUUUCGUGUGAGGCUAAUGCUUCUUGCAGCUAUAUACAAAGCCAGCCGACACCAAAUGUUGUUCAAGGCUCCUGUUCAGUUACAAAUACAGCUCAAGAUUGUCUUCCUGUCGUACAAGGUACUGAACAACACACACCAUCGGUGGACAGAGCCCUAAAUGUACCUUCAGUAACGUUAAGUGUCGGAGACUGUGCUGCAGCAGCAUGUGGUGCACUUGUCUGCCCAGCUGUGCAGUGUAUCACAGAGUGUUCUCAAUCAGCAAAGACUGCCAGAGACUUCACAUCAACAAGAGAAAGUGCUAAAAUCAGAAUGACCAUUGAUGGUGGGGUGGGAGAUGCAGGUAUUGCUUCAACUUUCUGUAUUAGAUCACAAACUUCAAAGGGUGAUUCUUUCAAUAAUGAAACUGCAGUUCAUUCGGAAACAUUAUACUCCACAGCAGUGAAAAUGAGGAGUAGAACUGAAAAACAAGAAGUUAUAGUACUUGGGAUUCAAGAAGAGAAACUAACAUCACCAGCGAAAAACAAGUGCAAGGAGAUAGAGAAUCUCAUCAUUUCCAAGGCUGAAAGGUCAGAAGUUGUAUGGAAUAUAAGAGCUUUGACUCAGUUCCAGUGGAUCUUCACAUUUCUCAAUGACACACUAAGGCUAUAUAUUAAUUUUAAUAAAUGUACUGAAGAUGGCAUUGUUGAAGAUCUGGACUUUAUUUCGUAUCUCACAGGUAAAGCAGAUGAAGAUGCGAAAUUUGUUCAUUUUGUGCUACUGAAAAAAUUCUCGAAGAAUAAGCUCAAGUCUUUGUGUAAGGAUAUUGAAGAAAUUCCAGAACUUCUGGAAAAGAUUUCAGUUGAUGUUCGCCAGAUGGUUGCAUUUCUAUAUGAAUUCCAAAAAGUCCAUUUACUAUAUAAUAUGGAAAUGUUUGGCACAAGUGUUUCAUUCCACGUAAUGAGUUACAAGUUGGCCAUAUGUUUCAAACUGAAUAUUGAUCUCCGCAACUGGGAACAAAUAUUGGAAGACAGUAUAACAAUAACCCAGAAAUAUGGACAUGUCAAUGAAACACAAGUAAAAAACCUGGCAAAUGGAGUAGAAAGAAACUCCUAUUUCCUACAAAAUUAUUACAAAGCUGUGAAACAGUACAUGAAAAUUUUGGAAAGAUUUGGUUGCUGAUACAAACAUAUGAAAUCUGCAAUGCCUGGUGAUUAUGUGACUGCAUAACAGAUGUUGAGAACUCUCUUCGGAAAAGAACUGUGAUUCCAACGAUAGGUAACUACAUUGCCUGCUUUUGAGUGUUACAUGAACAGCGACA